AUGCCCGAAGUCACCCACCAACAACAGACCCAAGCUGCAAUAUCCUCCUUCUUCACCCGCAACAACCUCUCCCCUUCAGACCACACCUCCUGCUACACCCUCCUCACACAGCUAUAUCCCAACCAAUCUAUAGUUCCCAUCCGCACCCAAGGCUUCUGCUCGCUGUCCCUCCUCGUCGGAUCGCAGCAAAUCGUCCAAUUCCGCCCCAAGCCAUAUGCCCUUGAUCCAACCGUCACCUCUUUGGCCUCAGAGACAUAUCCGCAAUAUGCACCGACUACAAAACACCUCGCCACAUUACCUUCAUCGGGAUUGCUGGUAUACAGCAUGAGUCUCAUCCCAGGAACAUCACUGCAAGACCUCCGCAACAGCAACCUAUCUCAAAACCGCCCCAUCCCCCUCGGAAUACUUCGCAACCUCUGCAUCUCAUUCGCGCACUUCCACACCCAUUCCUGGCAGCAUCAGCAACCUCGUCCCUCCACCCCAGGCCGCGUGGGCUCCACGCUCCAACCACGCCUUCAAUCCCUCCACACCUCCCUCCCGCCCCGUUUCCGGCCUCUAACAUCCAAGCUCCUCGCCCACCUCCCUCGCAUCACAUCGCUCCUCCCCUGGACGCUAACACAUGGCGAUCUCCUCCCAGGGAACAUCAUGCUGUCACCAGCCUCCGGCCACUUAACGGGGCUCGUAGACUGGGCUGAAUCGGAAAUCUUACCUUUCGGCAUGUCGUUGUACGGGCUGGAGGAACUACUCGGCUACCCUGUACCUGCCACCUCCACCACCGCAGCAAAAUUCAUAUACCAUCUCCGUUCCGCGGAACUGCGAGAGCUGUUCUGGAAAACGCUACUAGAUGGUAUCCCUGAGUUGAAGCAGCAUGAGGACAUGCGGGAAUGCGUGGGAAUGGCCCGUGAUUUGGGAGUGCUGCUGUGGUUUGGGAUUGCGUUUGAUGGAGGGAGGAUUGAUAGGGUUGUGCAGGAGGGGAGGGAUGGGUUGGAGAUUGCGAGGUUGGAUGCGUUUUUGAAUGCGGAGAGGGGCCUGGAUGCUAGGUUAUAG